AUGUCUGAAGAUAAUCAAAAAUUAGAAGAAAUAAACAAUAAAACAGAUAACGAACGUAAAUUCGACUCUUCAAAUCCUUUUAUACAAAAUAACAAAAAAAAUAAAACUUCAGCAGAAGUCAACGUCACAUACUCAGCAAACAGAUCAGCAAUGUCUUCGGUACCUGAGGAUGUUGCUACGAGAACAGCAGAAUGGGAUACUGAGACUGAUCGCGAUGCUCAAUCUUUAUUGGAAAAAAAAUUGGCAGCUGAAGAGGCUGAUGAUGAUGGAGAUGAUGACAAUGUUUAUAAAGGACAAAAUGCUUAUAAAUCAUAUGUUAAAAAACGAGAUACUGUUGCUGGAAAUGCUGCAAGUUCAAAAAUAAAAGCUGGUCCAAUAAGAGCUCCAACAAAUAUUAGAGUAACUUCAAGGUUUGAUUAUCAACCAGAUGUAUGUAAAGAUUAUAAAGAAACUGGAUAUUGUGGUUAUGGUGAUUCUUGUAAAUUUUUACAUGAUCGAGGGGAUUAUAAAACUGGAUGGCAAUUGGAGAAAGAAUGGGAAGAAGUGCAAGGCAAAUCAAAAAAAGAUCCAAAUGCAUUCGUUGUGGAGAGUAGUGGCGAUGAAAGCGAUGAAGAAUUACCAUUUGCUUGUUUGAUUUGUCGAAAUGAAUUUAAAAAUCCCGUUGUAACAAAAAUACCUUCUAGAGCAACAACUAUACUUUUAGCAACAGAUCGUAAUGUAAUAGCCUCUCUUAAUCCUCGAAGUGGAAAUAUUGAAUGGCGCCAAAUUUUUAAAGAAGACGAGCCCAUAUUAGCCUUUAAAGGUUACGAAGAGGUUGGAUUAUCUAUUUCACAACAUCAUGGAUUUAAUAUUCGUUUAUGGAAUCUUCAAACUGGUUUUUUAUUGUGGGAACAAGCAUUAAAAAACCCGGAAUUUGAUCCAACAAAUAAUCAGUACUCUGAUGAUUCUCCAGGCUGUGAUAUUGUUUUCGAAAAGGAUGGUUCUAGUGUUAUUGUGUUGAUUGAAGGAUCCACUAUAAUAAGCUUGAACAUUACUAAUGGCAAUCUUAUUUGGAAAUCGGGUUCCUUAGACAGUUCCUCCAUGACAUUUUAUAAACUAAUUAAACAUGACCAGAAGAUAUAUGCAAUUGGUCUAAAAAAGGGAUUCAAAUCGUAUUCGAUUGGAACAAUGUCUUUUGAUGUAAAGAGUGGUGCUGCGAAUUCGAAAAUUCUUUCUUCAAGCCUUGCUCAUAAGGAUGAUAUGAUUAUACUGGGUGGUGGUUCAAAUGAUGGAUUUAUUGUUUGGAAAGAAGGUGAACGAAUUCGAGUUAAUCGUUUAGGUACUAGCAAUAUUGAACAAGCUCCUUUAGACAAGUCGCUUUAUGAAAAAGUCAUGCCAUCAUUCCCUGCAAACACUAAAGCUAAAGAUAUUAGAUUUGUCGAUUUAAACUUAAAUUCAAGAAAUGAAUUUCUUAUUGAAACAUUAACAAAAGAUGACUAUAGUUCUUCUGCUGUUUUAACCGUUGAUCCAAAAGAUGGCAAAUUGACAGUUCUUUAUGAUAUGAAAGCAAAGAAAGGGAAUUCCGUUUAUGCUGGUGCUAUUGAUAAAAGCAAUCGUCUUAUAAUUUCUAGGAGUUGGGCAGCUUCAAAGGAUAUUAUUAAAGUCGAAAUUAUUGAUCCUGCCUCACAAUCGGUAUCAAGUAAUCAUGAAAUUUCAUAUUCAAUUUCAUCCUCUGGGGAGCUUGCAAAUUCUAUGAUUGAUGUAAUAAUUCCUAAAAACAACACUGAAAAAUUAUCUGUUGCAUAUCGUAUGCUUGCAAUUUCAGCUGAUGGAUCUAUUCAUUUUUUAAAAGAAAACAAUGUUAUUUGGGAGAGAGAAGAAUCUCUUGCACACACCAUACAAGUUGAAUUUAUUGAUUUGCCUGAAAGAAAACUAUGGACACAAGAAACUGAUGAACUUGAAACUGAAUCUUUUAAUCCAUUGACUCGCUAUUUUAAAAGAUUAUUUAAGCAUAUAGAACAACUUAAAGACUUACCAGCUUAUUUGACUACAUAUGUACAAAGAUUUGUUACUGGUGACUAUUCUGUAGAACCUAUUUCUAAAGACGAUAAAGGAAAACCUAUUCUUUACAGGGACACACUUGGUUUUCGUAAAUUGCUCAUUUCCCUAACAAAAAAUAAACUAGUAGCUUUAGACACUGGAAAUAAGGGCCAGAUUGUUUGGUCGCGUUAUUUUGGCAAGGAAAUACGCUCAUUUGAAAAAUUAAUAGUUGUUCGUUCAUCAACAGUUAAAUAUCCACCAGUUAUUGUUGCCAUUGGACACCAGAUUAAAGAGGAGAGUUACCACAUUAAAUUUAUCAGACUAAAUGCUCUUACUGGGGAAGAUUUUAUAUCUAACGAACAUGUAGAAAAUUAUCCUCCUAUUUACUCAAUAUCAGGCAUUUCUCGUCGUAUAUUCAAACUACCAGUUGAAGAACCUGAUGAGAGGAUGCAUAUUAUUGCAGUAAUUGAUGAUGAUUCAAAACUUCAUUUAUAUCCAAAUCAUAAAAACUCUAGGAAAGCAUUUAAAAAUUUCACUCCUUCAUUUUAUUUUACAUUAUCUGAGAAUACUAUUCACUCAGAAGGAUUAAAAGGUUACAGUGUUAAUGCCAACAUUAGUGAUGAGCUUCAACAUUUUGACAUAUCCGAAGUUUGGAAUAUCCAUUUUCCAGAUGAUGAAAAGAUUUCUGCAAUUGGUCAUAGACCUCAAUAUGAAAAAGUCGCAUCACUUGGCCGUGUUCUUGGUGAUCGAUCAGUUCUAUACAAAUAUCUAAAUCCACAUUUGGUUGCAGUCGCCACAUUAUCAUCAUCAGAAUCCUCAACUGCAACAUUAAAUAUAUAUUUGAUAGAUAUAGUUAAGGGAUCGAUAUUGUAUCAAUAUAAACAUGAAAAUGUUGGGAAAAUACACCCAAUAAAUAUUGUUCAAGUAGAAAAUACUGUUUUAUAUGUAUUUUGGAGUGAAAAUGAAUCAACAAAAGGUUAUCAAGUAGUUGUUUAUGAUUUUUAUGAAAGUGAAAAAAAAGAUGAAAGAAUAAAUAGUCCUGUUUUUUCAUCAUUUUCGCAUGAACGUCCUUAUGUAAAUGCACAAGCAUUUAUGUUGCCAUAUGGUGUUAAAACUAUCGGUGUUACUACUACGAAGAAUGGAAUAGCGAUAAGAGAAUUUCUAUUUGCAUUGGAUACUGAUCAAAUACUUGGUUUAUCUAAGAGAAUAUUGGAUCCUAGAAGACCUCUGCAUGCUUUAACUAACGAGGAUAAAGAAGAAAUGCUUAUCCCAUAUGACCCUGCAAUCCCAGAUAAUAAAAAAUUUAUACUAAGCUAUUAUUUAAGUGUUGCUGGCGUUAAACGGAUUAUAACAUCACCAGCUUUACUAGAGUCGACAUCACUUGUGCUUGCGUAUGGUUUGGAUUUGUGGUUCACAAGAGAAGCACCAUCAAAAACAUUUGAUGUACUAAGUGAAGAUUUCAGUAAAGGAACAUUGUUAAUAACAAUUCUUGGAUUGAUUAUAGGCAUCCUUAUCACCAAACCAAUGGUUAAAAGAAAAGGGAUUAAUGCCAGAUGGUAUUAG